AUGGACUCGUGAUAAGGAGAAUCUGGAUUUUACUUUUGUUGACAGGAGCAAUUUUACAAAUGACAACUUUGGGGCUUGAAAACCACAUAUAUUAGCCCACCAUGCUUUUGAAGUCAGGACUUUUCCUCUCUUUGUGUCUGUUUACCCUCCAAGCAAGUGAAAUCAAAGACCCUCAUGACAACAGCAUCUCUGGACUAAGGGAUGUGAGGUAUCGGCACUUUCUAGAAGCCCCUAGACCAAACAGACAUGCAGCAAAUGUCCGAGCAGAGCAGGGCGGACAUCGGACAAAAAGGUCAGCGAUCUUCCACACCGGGGUCAAAGUGUGUCCUCAUGAGACAAUGACAGAGGUCAUCGGCAGCCAUCGGACCUACUACAAACUCAGAGUUUGUCAGGAGGCGAUCUGGGAAGCAUUUCGGAUCUUCUUUGACAGAGUCCCUGACUCAGAUGAGUACAGAUCCUGGGUCUACACCUGCCAGCAUGAAAACCUCUGUAUGGACGACCUGGCAAGGAACUUCAGCAGCGCACAGGAACAUAUAGAUAUGGUGGCCAGAAGAGUCGCCAUGGCAGGGGAAAUUGAAGGAGUUGAACCUGGGACCCCAGACCCAGACAGGGAGUGCACCUGGACACCUCAUCUGCUUCUGCUGCCAACUGAGACUGAAGUGAUACAAGAAGACUUGAAAACUGAGAAUUUUGAAUACGUUGUUGAGUUCAGUGUCACUGUCGUGGACCCCGCAUACAACGACGUGCUAAGUGAUCCAGAGGCCCUACACACCAGUGACAUCACACGAGAGCUCACAGACAAGAUGCUUCAAGUGUUUGAACGAGUUCCAGGAUUCAAAGAGAUUCAAGUUCUGGGAUUUCGCUCCGAGGAUAUGUCUGUGCGCGUGGUCUUUAAUGGAGACACAGAGUUGGGGGAUGAGGAUGAGGUUCUUGAGGAGGCAGACCAACAUGAGGAUGUUAAUGCACCUAAAUUGAAGUACAUCAUAGUAAAGGCCUUAAAAGAUGAACCAUCCCUCCCGCUGGACAUAAGGACAAUCAACUUUGAGACUGUUACCACGAUCUAUCCUGUUGCGGAGCUCGGCAUUAACCCACUUGAAGGCGUUGUGUCAGGGGAUUACACUACAGCGGCACCCACAGAUGAAACUAUUCCCACUCCAACUUUCCUCCCCACUGUGGCAGUGAUAGAAAACUAUUUGGAUGCUGUUACAAAUGAGCCAGAAACACACACCUUUGUGCCUUACAUCCCAAACAUUGACCCCGAAACAACUCCCAGUGCUGCAGAUGAGACUCCUCUGAUGGCAUCUGUUGAGGAAUCCACAGAAGACAGCGCUGAGGAGCCUAGUGGCACCGCUACACCAGACAUCACACUAGAUGAUGGGGUUGAGACUGAGCCAGAACAGACGACAUACGUUGUACCCGCCCUGGAUGAUGAGUUGGAGGAGGAACAAGCUACUGAAGUUUCCAAUAACCUGCCAGAGUUUACUGAUCCCACAGUUACUGAGCUGUCCAUCCUAGAAGCAACAGUAUCAGUCUACACUACAUCACCUUAUGAGCAAGCUGAUCAAGAAAUACCUGAGCUAGCUGAAGAUGAUGAUGAGGACCAUACUACUGAGGUUUCCAAUGACUUGCCAGAAUCCACGGAUCCCACGGUUACUGAGACGUCUGUCAUUGAAGAAGCAGUCCUAUUCGACACAACGUCAUCUCCUGAGGAAGCUGUCCAAGAAUCACCUGACUUAGCUGAAGAUGACACUGAGGACCAUUCUGCUGAGGUUUUCACUGAGUUACCAGAAUCCACUGAUCCCACAGUUACUGAGACAUCUGUCAUUGAAGCAGCAGUCCCAAUCUCAACAACAUCAUCUCCUGAUGAAGCUGUCGAAGAAGUACCAGAGCUAGCUGAUGGGGCCAACGAAGAACAGCCUACUGAGAUUACAAAUGACCUGCCAGAGUUCACAGAUCCCACAGUUACUGAGACGCCUAUCAUAGAAGCAGCAUCCACAGUUUCUACACCAUCAAAUGAUGAAAACUUUGUUCAAGGCAUUGAACCAGAUUCAGAGACAGUGCUUUUGCACCCCCCUGCAGACAGUGACGAAGCCUCUGAGGAGAAAGACGAGUCUAGUGGAGGGCAUAGUGGUGUGACCCCAGUCCCAAUAGAGCUGCCUCCUCAGACCUCAAACGAUCAAGAGGAUUUAAGGAACAGUGAAGUGACUCCAGCCUCAAUAGAACUUCCUCCUCUGAGCUCAAACAAUCAAGAGAAUAUAAGGACCAGUGGAGUGACUCCUGUCUCACUAGGCAUGCCUUUGGACGACUCUUCCACUCAACAGAUCGUGUGGCAUAGCGAAGUAACCCCGGUCUCAUUAGACCUGCCUUCUGAGAACUCUUACAAUCAAGAGGAUGCAUUAGCAAGUCCAAACGGGACUGAGGCAGAGAUGAACCAACCUUCAGAAGAAGACAGUGGUAGUGGAUACCCCUCAGAGUCUGAUGAACGCCCGUAUGGAUCCACAGCUGCACCUGCAAUGAGACUGGGCAGCACCCCUCUGGUGUCCACGAUGGAGAAGAGCAAAGAGUUAGUGGUGUUCUUUAGUUUGAGGGUGACUAACAUGAUGUUUUCUGAGGACCUGUUCAACAAGAGUUCCCCAGAGUAUAAAUCACUGGAGAAUACCUUUCUUGAGCUGACACAGCACUCUGGGCCAAGAAAAUCGUCAAACCCUGGAGCUUCCAGUAAAUCAGGGUUUGGGAGACAGACGACUUUAGCCUCCAUACCGCUUCUGCCAUAUCUACAAUCCAAUUUGACCGGAUUUAAGCAUCUGGAAAUACUCAACUUCCGAAAUGGGAGUGUUGUGGUAAACAGUCGGAUGAAACUGGACAAACCUGUCCCUUACAACGUCACAGAGGCCGUUCACUGCGUGCUGGAAGACUUCUGCAGUUCAGCAUCCAAACGGCUGGACAUCGAGAUUGACAGUCGCUCAUUGGAAAUCGAGCCAGCUGAUCAAGCAGACCCCUGUAAGUUCCUGGCUUGCAAUGAGUUUUCACGCUGCGUGGUGAACAGUCGGACCGAUGAGGCAGAGUGUCUGUGUGAUCCUGGGUACAGCACAGUGGACGGCCUGCCCUGUCAGAGCACCUGCACUCUGCAGCCAGACUACUGUCUGAAUGGAGGCCAGUGUGAAAUAAUCCCCGGGCACGGAGCCACCUGCAGAUGCCCUGUAGGUACAUACUGGCACUACCAUGGAGAACACUGCAGCGAGAUGGUGUCAAUGCCAGUAGACCCUUCGCUUAUUGUAACCUGCCUCGUGGGAAGUCUCUGCCUUGUUUGUUCCAUCAUUUGCCUUUUGAUAUUCAUUAACAAGAAAUGUAUAAAGCCCAAAAAGACUUUAACUUUGGUGAACACCCUUUCACCUUAUGCCUUUGAGAAUACUAUGAGGGUGAACCCAGUAUUUGAGAAUGAUGAUGGUGCCUUAAGCCAAGUUUCCACAUAUCCAUGUUCUUCAAGUUCUGCUUCUUCCCAAUCCCAACAGUCUGAGCAGGAACAUUUUGCCACUAUUGAAAAUAUACAUCUGAGUAUUGAGAUCCCCAGACAACUCUACACAACAAGAUCAGAAAAGUUAGUCUCAGAAAUGGUGGACUUCCAUCACUGUAUACCACACACAGAGGCGUGUCGUCCGCCAACUGAAUACAGGACUUGCUGGUUUUUAAGGGCAGCCGAUAAUGAUUGUUGUGAAGUCACGGAUGUUUGAUGACACCUUGAAGCAGUGGACACGGUGACAAGCACAGAGCAAAGACUGAUGUUACUAUUUAACUGUAUGUGGAGGAGUGGAACAGUAGAGCAGUUAAAUGGUGAUAAAAGUGUUGACAUUAAUUGUUCAUAGAGAUGAGUGUCUCGUUAGACAGAAAGCUAUGGAUAUUAAAGGAAUAGUUCUGUUUUUUUGAAGUGGGGUUGCAUGAGGCACUUAUUAAUAGAGUAUUACAUAAAGUAGAUAGCAGCCUGCUUGGGGAAGCCAGUCAAAGUUAAGGGAGUUGAGGUUUGUCCUGCUGCAGAUGGAGUCAAGAGAAACGUGUCUUUAAGACAUUAUACUGGCUUCUCCAAACAUAACUGUACAGACUGUCAUCAGCUGUGUAGUACACUGACUACUGAUAAGAACCUCAUACAACCCCACUUUAAAAACGUAACUGUCCCUUUAAGGUGGACUUAGGUUGACUUAAAGUGGAACCUAUUUUUUAUUCUAUAUAUUGAAUGAUAGGAACAUUUCCUGUAUAGGGCUGGCAAAGGUUGUUCUUUCCUCACAAUGAGGUAUUUAUUAUUUACAGACUGAUACACAUGGUGGUAUCUAAAAACUUAGACUUUAAAAUGUUGUUUAUUUUAAUGCUAUUCUGAACCACUGUUGUGUCCCAAAAACAGAAUGAAUGUAUGAGCUGGUGGGUCAUGUUGCUGGGUGCUGAGCUGUGCUUCCAUCAGUAUGCCCAACUCAACACCUCGCCCCGCCAAUCAUUUCACAUUUAUUUUUUACACAUUUUGCGUUUACAGGCAAAG